AUGUCAAGUGCUUCUAAUGGGUACCAACUCAAUAGCGACAUCAGCGACUUGAUAGAAGAGAUAAUCGAGAAGUUUGAUAGGCCUCCAACGUACAACUCCAUCUUCAACAAGUCUGGCGAAUACAAGACUACCACCAGUGCCAUUUCGGGCACUAUUUUAUCAUAUGCACAAAGCAUCCCCAUAUUGAAUAAGCUAUUUCCCAUUACCAACGAAAAGCAGCAACUUACUAACUCCCUUCUCGAGCAGCAGAAGCUUGCAACGACCUACUCCAAGUGGUACGAUGUGUCAUUGCAGCUCGAUGAGCUCAUGGGAAAUAAUGCUUGGAAAUCUAACCCGGAGAGUCCAUACUACGACUUUGAGCUCAUCCACCAUAACAUCAACGAGAUGAGAACCGCCCGUUUGAAUAGAGACUACAAGUUGCUCUUGUAUUUGAUCAGAACGAAGUGGGUUCGAAACUUUGGAAAUAUUGGGGAUGUGUCGCUUUACAAACUGUCAUUUGUGGGGACCAAAAAGUUGAUUGAAGACUAUAUCACUGAAUGUAAGUUAUCACUCGACUAUCUUGUUAAUGGUCUGGACGUGGACUUGGAUGAUAGGUACUUGUUGGGAAUGUUGAUUCAAACAAGAAAGAACAUCGGAAGAACUGCCUUGGUUUUGUCGGGAGGAAGUACGUUUGGUAUGUUUCACAUUGGUGUGUUAGUUUCGUUGUUGGAGGUGAACUUGCUUCCUCGAAUUAUCAGUGGGUCUUCGGCUGGUUCGAUUAUUGCCUCGAUUUUAUGCUGCCAUAGUUACGAGGAGAACAAGAUCAUUAUCCAGUCAUUGAGCGAACGGGAGUUUGAGAUCUUCAACAGUGGAUUGGAUGAAGAGGGGAUCUUACACGAGAAAAAGAACCAAUUUAGGACUUUGUUGAAAAGUGUGGGCCACUUUUUGAAGUACGGGACCGUUUUUGAGAUGGGGAGCCUUAAGAAGACUAUAAUUGGAUUUGUGGGAGACUUGACAUUUAGAGAAGCAUACAAUAGGACCGGAAAGAUUUUGAAUAUCACGGUUUCACCCGCUUCCUUGCAUGAACAAACGAGACUAUUAAACUAUUUGACAGCACCUAACUGUUUGAUUUGGUCUGCAGUUUGUGCUUCAUGUUCAUUACCUGGGUUCUUUCCAUCAACGUCCAUCUACGAGAAGAAUCCUCGAACAAACAAGAUACAGAAAUGGAACGGAGACUCUUCUAUCAAAUUUGUCGAUGGAUCUGUGGACAAUGACUUGCCCAUCAUGAAACUACUGGAAAUGUUCAAUGUUGAUCACAUAAUUGCUGUGCAAGUCAAUGCUCAUGUUGUUCCGUUCCUCAAGAUAUCGGUAAGUAACCCUGGUGGCUAUUUGGAAGACGAUUUGACUACCAAGUUCAAGGGUAUAUUGAAUAAUGCCUAUGACUUUUUCACCUGCGAAUUGAUCCAUUAUUUCCAGAUUUUCAAUGAGAUGGACAUAUACAAGAACUUGUCCACUAAGUUGAUUUCCUUGUUAUCUCAGAGCUAUAGUGGAGAUAUAACAAUUCUCCCUAACUACAAGUUGUCUGAUUUCACAAAGGUAUUUCUGAACCCAACCCCUCAAUUCAUUGCAGAUUUCAUCAUCAGAGGUGCAAGGUCAACUUGGCCAAAAAUCACCUUGAUCAACAACCACUGUGGAGUUGAAUUUGAGCUUGACAGGGCAAUAACUUUGCUCAGAGGGAGAACCAUUUCUUCAAACAGCAAUUCUACCUUCGGAAACUCGUUGAUUGUCAACCCGAUUAACUUGGUUCAGUGCAAUAAUUCGCCCACCACUGAAGAGUGGAACCAGCUCACUACCACAAAAUCGUUGGGAUCUCUGUCAGCCCGUUGGGAUCCUGUCACACCUGAUCGUAAACGGGUAAGUUCACUCAUGAAGAGUGU